AUGCAAGUAUGUGCCUCAACUUUGCAGGCAAUACCAAAUGCUUUAGGCUAUGCUCACAGAAAAAUAAGCAGUCUUGAAUCUCUGUUUUGCUAUGAUAAAUCUGUACCAGAAGAAAGAAUUGAGAAGCCAACUGGAUUGUCCUUGGCCCAGAAGAAUACUGGAGAUAAUCCUCAUUGUCCCGAGUGUGAAGCUAAAGGUGCAGUCCUUUGUGCUACCUGCUCCGGUUCGGGCCUAUAUGUUGAUUCUAUAAUGGAAAGCCAGGGUAUAAUUGUCAAAGUUAGACGCUUAGGUUGUGGAGGUUCUGGUAACAUAAUGUGCUUAGAGUGUGGAGGACGAGGUCAUCUUUGACUUUCUCGAUCCUAUCGGUUUGAUCUUGUGCCUGUUUGUCAUGAUAUAGGCUUUGGCUUUGUCAGGUAGCGUGAAAUCGCAGAGUUAGUUACACAUUUAAGAACAGCUGAUUGAAAGUUAGCUUUGUGUAUCAUUUAAUUGCUUUUUUUGUCCUUGGAAAAAUAACGUUAUCAUUUAAAUACAACUAGAUUUCCUUUUUAGCAUAUCAGUUUUAGUUCUUGAUUCUUAUCAAGUAGACCACUGAGGCAUGUAGGAUAUCUGAAUGGAGUUUUCAAGGGAAUAGUUUGCCCCGAAUGAAACAUAUUUAUAUCCAUGCAGUUUCUUUUUUAAGUUUAGGAAUGAUAUUAUGUCUGAGGCUUUACAGCUAUAUAUCUUACUUUUCGUGUGGUUUCUGUGACAUUUAGCGAUUCGAUAUUACUGGAUUGACAAUUCUGAGCAUGUUGUUGGGUAGAGGUACUUUGCCAUUAUAGUUAAUUUACAGAACAAU